UCGAUAUUGGUUGUGGCACUGCGCACUGGUGCAAGGAGAUGGCAAAAGAGUGGCCUCGAUCUCGGGUAGAGGGCAUGGACAUAACACCUACAAGGUCACAAAUUGUGCCCGCAAACUGUCAUAUACAUGUGGACGAUAUCAGGUCGAAAGAUUGGUGGGGGCUCGCCAACGGGUACACCUACGACUACAUCCACACUCGCAUGUCCAUGGGCAUAUUCCCUGACUUCCGGGAGAUUAUCCAAAAAAGCUACAACAAUCUCGAACCAGGGGGCUGGAUGGAAUCGCAAGAGAUCUACCCCACGGUCUACUGUGACGAUGGCACCAUGCCCGACGACUGGCCGCUUAAGCAAUGGUCUCAAGACCAAGAUGAAGCUGCCCACGACAUAUUGGGAAUCCCGUUACGCAUCGCCAACAAGCUCCAGAAGUGGUACGAGCAGGCUGGUUUCGUCGAAGUCAAGGAACGGAUAUUCCGAAUACCGAUCCUUGAAUGGGCUAAGGAGCCGCAGUUGAAAUUGCUCGGAAAGUUCAUGGUCGAGAACAUGCAGCAAGGCCUGUAUGGAUGGUCUGUGAAUUAUUUCCACCGAGCGUUCGGAUGGACAGAGAACGAGACACGUGUCAGACUGGCACAAGUGUACAACUCCUUGAACGACAAGUCGGUACACGCGUAUUACAAGAUCUAUGUUGUUUACGGGAGAAAACCCCGUGAAGGAGAGGCACCAUCACAAGUACCAAAACCCGAGAACUGGCCGACUCCGGAGACCGCUUUUGACGACGGAGAAUUCUAAGCGGGCCGAUACCGGGUCGGCUCGUUGGGUCCUUACGUGUAAACGCGGUCCCCCUUCGACGUUCCCCUUACCGGCGUUUAUGGUUGCCUGGUGUCUGAGAUACCCCACGACUUGCGUCCCAGGCCUGUGUGGAAAGGGUUUUGACAUACUGAGGUGCGGUAGACCCCACUUGUCAAAUCUUGCGUGCUGCUCGUCGCACGGCAAGUAAUGGAGCAGAGUGCGCCAGACAAUGGAGGGUUUUCGAUGGUUCCAUUUUCCGUGACAAAUAGGCUCUUCAGUAGUGAAGUAAGCAGGACUAGUCAGGGGGGCCUGCUAGACAGCCCGUUUGUAGUUUGUUAUGACAGAACCUAAAACAUUUCCUUAGCGUACAACUUCUAUUUUACAACAAAGUAAGCAUAGAGUCGUAGGGUGAACCAGAUUUUUCGCUACUACUAAAUUAUAUGCAGAUUAAACCCC